AUGGCUGCGACCGACUUCGACCAACGGGACUUCGACCCCACAGAAGUAGCAUACAUCCCGACUACGGGAGUGCGCAAACUAUUCGAAACGCCCCUUAUCCUAGCUACGCCCGAGACCGUCAAGGGCUACGGAGAGAUUGUUGAGGUGCCCGAAAAGCAUCGCAUUGAGAUCGUACGUUGGCCAGCUCAAGGAUGGCGCCCGGUAGACGCAAACUCGGGCGACCAGGGCGGAGUGACUGAGGGACUCUUUGAGUUCUGGUGGAAAGGCGACACGCUUUACGCGCGCAACAAUGCUGUGGGUGACAGCUAUCUCUUCGCGUGGAGUCAGUAUCCUGAAGAGGCCGCGACCACCGGCCCUGCACGACCCCGCGAGAGGGUGAUGAUUUGGCGAGCGAACUACCACCCAGACGGCGGCCAGUUGUUUUUCCCCAUGGACGGCCAGAGUUUCGUGGUUCCGCUCGCCCUGCCGGGAGACGAUGUGACGCCAGAGAAGUUCGUCGCGUUUCGCUGUGACGGCGGGAAGGGACUAUACAUCCAUCCAAACAUCUGGCACGGUGCCGUCGUGCCUCUUGACGACCGUGCACGUUUUAUUGAUCGGCAAGGCCGUGUGCACGCACGCGUGUCCGUAGAUUUCGCCAAAGAGUUCGGAGGAUAUUUGUCUAUACCGCUGAGGUCUGCAGAAUAG